UGUAGGACAAAUGAUGCCGAGGAGGACUUUAUACCCACUGGAGACACUCCUAUAGACUCGUAUCCCAACUGGUUGAAAUUCCACAUUGGGAUCAAUCGAUAUGAAUUGUAUUCUCGCUACAACCCUGUUAUCGAAGCUUUGCUGCAAGAUCUAGUCACUCAGAGGAUCUCCAGCGUGGCUAUGAAGUCCGGGGGCACACAACUGAAACUCAUCCUGACUUUCCAGAACUAUGGACAAGCACUGUUUAAACCGAUGAAGCAGACCAGAGACCAGGAAACGCCUCCGGAUUUCUUUUACUUCUCGGACUACGAGAGACACAACGCUGAAAUUGCGGCCUUUCACCUGGACAGAAUUCUGGACUUCCGAAGAGUGCCGCCCGUCGCUGGAAGGCUGGUCAAUAUGACGCGAGAGAUCCGAGAUGUAACUCGGGAUAAGAAGCUCUGGAGGACAUUCUUCAUAUCACCAGCGAACAAUGUUUGUUUCUAUGGCGAAUGCUCAUAUUACUGCUCCACGGAGCAUGCGCUGUGUGGGAAGCCGGAUCAGAUUGAAGGCUCCCUGGCGGCUUUCCUGCCAGACCUGGCCUUGGCCAAGAGGAAAACGUGGCGGAACCCGUGGCGACGCUCCUACCACAAACGCAAGAAAGCCGAAUGGGAGGUCGAUGCUGACUUCUGUGAAGAGGUAAAGCAGACUGCCCCCUACCACAGCGGCUCCAGGCUUUUAGAUGUUAUGGAUAUGACUAUUUUUGACUUUCUGAUGGGAAACAUGGAUCGUCACCACUAUGAAACGUUCGAAAAAUUUGGAAACAAUUCGUUCAUUAUUCACUUGGAUAAUGGACGAGGGUUUGGAAAACAUUCUCACGACGAGCUCUCUAUCCUGGUGCCACUGACCCAGUGCUGUCGGAUAAAGCAGUCGACUUACCUGCGUCUGCAGCUGUUGGCGAGAGAGGAGUACAAGCUGAGUGAGGUGGUGCGAGAGUCUUUACUGAAGGACAAGCUCUCGCCCGUCUUAAUAGAGCCACACUUGAGAGCGAUGGACAGGAGACUGAGGAUCAUCCUGAAUUCUGUCAGUGACUGUAUUGAGAAGGAAGGAUAUAGCAAUGUUAUUGGAAACGACACAGACGACAAUAUUAAUUCUAUCCCAACUGAAAGGUAGUUGGGACAAAGGUUUUUUUUUGUUGUUUUUUUGGUUUGGUUCUUUUUUUCAGGUUUUUUUUACUAGCAGAGUAAGAAGAAAAUGGAAAGUCUUGCCGAGACUGUCUAUUUAUGUUACUUCCUUGAAUUCAGUGAAUUCACCACCACGAUGACAGGUGUUAAUUGUUCCCAGAUAUGUAAAGUACCGACUCGGUCGCAGAUUAUUGUAAUUAAAAGAUUUCUAAGUUGAAAGCAUUUAUCGGGGUGGUGGGGAGGAGAGGGAAAAUGCGACGUUUCGUAACUGAGUCUGUGCAGCAGUUAUCUUGGAAUCAAUGGAUAUUCCAUCUCGCCUUUUCCUGUGAGACUUAAAGUGUAACUUUAAAGGUAAAGAGUCAGAAAAACACAAGAAGAAGAAUUGCGUCAAUCGACAGCGCUCUCGCCUCUGAGUCAGAGGAUCGUGGGUUCAAACCCCCACGUUGGGACUUUGAGCUCACAGUCUAGGCUGACCCUCCAGUACAGUGCUGGGGAUGCCCUGUAUUGUCAGAGGUGCCGCCCUUCUGAUGAGGCGUUAAACCGAGGUUCCGUCUACCUGUUCAGGUGGACGUUAAAGAUCCCACGAUGCUAUUGGAAAAGAGAAGGGAUUUUUCUCCCAGUGUCCUGGCUGACAAUCUAAUUGUUGGUCAUUCGCUUCAUGGCUGUUUGUGGGACAUUGCUGUGAGCAAAUUGGCUGCUGUGUUUGUCACUGGACUACACUAAGAUCUUGUGAAGCGCUUCGAGAUGUCUUGACUGAGUGACAAAUGUAAGGAUUAUUAUUCAGCCCUUCACGGCUGAUCUGUCACAUUUCCCUGCCUUUUCACCAUAUCCCUCGACAGCUCUGCCCACCAAAUAUCUAUGUGCCUCCCUCUGAAACAUUUCAACUGACCCGGCGUGUCAAACCGUGAAACUAUUUGGAAGCCGUUUAUUCCGUAGUUUCUUAAAGAGAAAUUGAGGAAUUUCGCAUGCAAUUUCUGCACAAUCUUAAAUUCCAAAGGAAGGACCAUCUCAAAGGCUGAGACGAGGUGGGAUUUCAGGGCCUGGAUGUGACGGAAUCUGUUAUGAAAGGUUUGCCUGGUUUCACUCCUCAUCGUUGCUCUUUCUUGACAGUAUCGGAUACUGAGAUGUGAAUGUCUAAAGGCAGCAGAAUGCGAUGUUCAAGUGUAAAACGGUAAAGGAAACCGGUGAAACGGACAAAUACUUGAAUGUUGGUUAAGUUGAUUUCAGCCAAUUGAGCAUUGCUUUUACAACGAAACAAAUAGCGAGAUGAGCAGUGGCUUUGGUCUGGUUUAGACUGUGGUAGGCGAGCUGUGGGUUUAUCUUUCCAGCUUUUGCUUUUCUAGUUCCGUGCGUGUGGACUGAAGAGGCCGCUGUGUGCAGAUGGUUAGGCUUGCGUUAACGAUGUUCUCCCCCUUCCCCCUGUGAGUCUUGUUUUGCGACAUGGUUUUACAAAGUGCAAUAAAGAGAUGGCAAUUG